CAGCAGGUUCGUGCCCCAAAGUUUCGAUUAAACAAUCACAGCAGUGCGUGACCGCGUCACCAUUAGCGCGGCGCGUCCCCAGUAGGCGCGUCCCUCCGUAAUUGACUUUCGCCGCCGAGCACAUUAGCGAACGCUUACACUCAGGUGAUGGUAGCCGUCUCCGUCACACCAUUUGCAUUCUCCACCUGCUCUCAGCAAAGGCCCCCAUAUACCUUCCCGCAACCCCUCGCUUCAACUCCAAACAUCCACAACAAUGUUCACAAUAAUGACACCCGCCCCGCCAACGCCGACUCGGCCAUUCUCCUUCGCCCAUACCCCGGGACGCGCUCGCCUCGACAAUUACCGUCCGCAAGUUUCUUCGCCCCUCUCCUCCUCACCGGUCCGCGCCGCCUCGUCACCGGGGAUACCGGGCCUACAGUCACCACCCCACUCCCCCCGCGGCCGCCGCCACGGGACACAGUCCUCGCCGCUUUUCCCCAGCAUUAGCACCAGCACCAACACGGGCAGCGGCAGUGGCAGCGGUAACGACAAGAAGUUCCGCUUCGCGACACGCAACCCGCGGCCUAACCCCGUCGUCAAGCGGCGCGAGGAUGCGCAGGAGGGAAGGCGGAGGCUGUUUCUCCAGAACGUGCGGCACCGGGCCGACGAGAAGAAGUGGGAGCGGCGCGGCGGCGAGGAUGAGGUUCUCAAACUUGAGUGGUGGCGUCUAAACAGGGAGAGGCAGCUGGCCAGGGAACGGGAGGCGCGUUUCCUGGCCGCCGAACAAGGCGAGGAGGAGGACGACGCGGAAGCGCUCGAUGUGGAUGCCUUGAUGGUGGAUCAGAUUGAACAACAAGAGCAGGCGGAGGUGGAGGCGCUUGUUUCGGUGCUGGAAGAGGCUGGCCCGGCGCCGCCGCACUUUUCGGAUGACGAAGAGUACGACGGCCUGUUUAUGGAUCUCGUUUCGCAACAGCAAUUACAGCAACAGCGGCAGCAGCAGCAGCAACCGCCGCCGCCAACGCGGGGUGAGUGGACAGCAGGCGAUUGCCAAGAUGUGGAGAUGUCUUGAUGGAGGCGCUUCAGCUUGCUUCGUUGAGCGAGGUGUACACUAAGGUAUCUAGACCGGUCGGAGUUCUGGCGUCAUCACCAGUAUUUCCGGGUGUGGUGGUUUAACAGGUUCUGAGGUAUCACUGUUGGCCGGUAUUAAACAUGCAGAAGGUAUCUAAACUAAUCCCGCAAAGCGUUCGCUUUUCCCGAAGCC